AUGAAGCCGCUGGAGAAGUUCCUCAAGAAGCAGGGCUCCCACCUGGCCGGGCGGGUGGGGCCCGGCCCCCAGCAGCAGCAGCAGCUGAGCCGCCGGCCCAGCGCCUCCAAGCCCCCCGCCUCGCUGAAGGACGAGCCCCCCGAGGCGGGCCCGGAGGCCGACGGGCGCUGGCUGGAGCUGCGGCCCCCCGAGGCCGCCCUGCGCUCGCCCACCUCCUUCUCCUCCGAGGAGCUCUCGCCCGCCGGCGGGGGCGGGGGCGGUGGAGGGGGCGGCGAGGGCCAGCUCAGCCCCGAGCCCGGGCCCACCUGCUGCUGGGCGCCGCUGGCCGAGCCCGAGAGCCCCCCGCGCCUGCUGGAGCGCCUGCUGGAGCGGCUGGCCGCCGAUCGCACCGCCCCCCACGGGCAGGGCUGCGGCGCAGACCUUCUCCUAGAUGACAUCGUCCUCACCCACUCGCUGUUCCUGCCCACGGAGCAAUUCCUGCAUCAACUACAUCAGCACUUCAUGACGGCGUCGACAAUCCUUUCACCCCCAUCUUGGAAGGACGGUGAGGCCACGCAUCGAAAACGAGCCGUUCUGGUUAUCUUGCUGCAUUUCCUCGAGACCUACAAAGGGAUCUUGCAAGAAGAGGAGAAAGCAGGCAGAGUAAUUAAGGAUCUGUAUAUGCUGAUCAUGAAAGACUCCUCUCUCUACCACAAACUGGAAGAUGAAAUUCUGAAGUUACAUCAACUUGUGGAGACGGUGGAACUCAAGGUGACUGAUGAAAGCCAUCCCCCCAGCAAACAAGUCAAACCCCUUUUCCGGCACUUCCGGCGCAUAGAUUCUUGCCUUCAGACACGGGUCGCUUUCCGCGGGUCGGAUGAGAUCUUCUGCCGCGUCUACAUGCCCGACCACUCCUACGUCACCAUCCGCAGCCGCCUCUCCGCCUCUGUGCAGGACAUCCUUGCAUCUGUGACGGAGAAGCUCCAGUAUUCUGACGAGCAACCCACGCGGGAGGAGGCGCUCAUCCUGGUGGCGGUGGCAUCGUCAGGAGAGAAAUCUGUGUUGCAGCCGAACGAAGAGUGUGUUUUCACCACCCUGGGGAUAAACAGCCAUCUCUUUGCCUGCACCAAGGAUACUUUCCCGUCACUAGUCCCUCUCCCUGAUGAAAUCCAGGUGUCGCCGGGGGACACGGAGAUCCACCGGGUCGAAGCUGAGGAUGUGGCAAAUCACCUCACGGCCUUCCACUGGGAAUUGUUCCGCUGCGUCCACGAGUUGGAAUUUGUGGACUACGUCUUCCACGGGGAACGUGGCCGGCGGGAGACAGCCAAUCUGGAGCUGCUGCUGCAGCGUUGCAGCGAAGUUCAGCACUGGGUGGCCACGGAGGUGUUGCUUUGCGAGUCGCUGGGGAAGCGAGCCCACCUGCUCAAGAAGUUCAUCAAGAUCGCUGCUGUGUGCAAACAGAAUCAAGACAUGUUGUCGUUCUAUGCUGUGGUGAUAGGACUGAACAAUGCACCUGUCAGCCGGUUGCGUCUCACCUGGGAGAAGCUUCCUGGCAAAUUUAAGAACCUGUUCCGGAAAUUUGAGAAUCUUACGGACCCUUGCCGGAAUCAUAAGAGCUACAGAGAAGUCCUCUCUAGGAUGAAGCCCCCCGUCAUCCCUUUUGUGCCCCUCAUCCUAAAAGAUCUGACAUUUUUGCAUGAAGCCAGCAAAACCUUGGUGGAUGGACUAGUCAAUAUAGAGAAACUGCACUCGGUGGCAGAGAAAGUUCGGACAAUCAGGAAAUGCCGGAGUAGGCCUCUCUGCCUGGAAAUGGAGUCAUCACCCCAGCAGCUACAGACAAAGGCUUACGUCCGGCAGUUCCAAGUCAUCGACAAUCAGAACCUGCUCUUUGAGCUCUCUCACAAGCUGGAGUCGAACAGCCAGUGAGGC